AUGAUCUUGCAUUUGGUGAGUUCUCCACCUCAAAUCAAUCUUGAUCUCACAGAUUGUGUAAGUAAUAGCGAGAGUGAUGCUACGUUGCAGCACAAUUGUCUACAUGUUACGGGUUCGAUUGAUAAAGAAACUGAUUCUCGUCAGUUCAUUUCUUAUUGUAUGAAUGAGUAUUCACCGAAAUGGAACAUACAAAGUAAUAGUCGCGAACGAAAAUUUACCUUUGUGGAGCUGUACAAACACAAUAUUACCAGUCGACAUUUGUACCUUUGGUCGGCACCGAUGGAUGUUGCUGAACGUUAUCAGUUCUAUUUGGAUCAACUUUCGAUUUCGAAUGAAGCCUCAAUGGCAACACAGCUCUUCUACAAUUGUACACCACCAAGAUUUGGUCCAAUAUGUCAAUAUGCAUUUGACGAUUACAGGCCUGAUCAUUUAUCAUUGAAUGAGAUUAUUCACGAUUUCUAUCUCCACGGUUACGAACCGACGACAUUGACAUGUUACGUUCAUUUGCAAUGUGAUCGCGGUCCAGCACCGGCAUGUCUCGAUUGGAGCGAAAUUUGCGAUGGAAAAGUGGAUUGUCUCGAUGGUGGACGCGACGAAGAACAUUGCUGGCAACUUGAAGCCAACGAGUGUGCAGAUGAUCAAUAUCGAUGUGUCAAUGGACAAUGCAUACCCUACACAUUCUUUCGUGACAAUACUGCCAUUCCUGACUGUCUUGAUGGAUCUGAUGAAUAUUUCGAAUCAAAAGACAAGCGUGCCAACUGUAAAAUAGCUGAAUCAGUCUUUGAAUGCGAAGAUCUGACAUGUACAAUUGGCCAUCGAUCCUGGGCAUCACCUUUGACAAGUUCAUGCGCCCAAAGUCGCAGUGACUUGCUCAUAAAAGCCAUGUUUUUGCACAAACCAAACUCUGUACUCGACGAGUGUUGGUCAGCAUUUUUGUGUAUCAUUCAUGGUUCAAAUCCAUCCGAUACAAUUUGUGGUGAUUUUUGUGUAGGUCAAACAUUUAAUCAUGAGAGAAAAACUGUACGAUCAUCAUAUGGUAUAAAAAUUGAAUUUUGA